CAGCUCAAAGCCUCGUAUACAAGAGCUAGUUAGAAGCGAUCGUAUUAUUAAUUGAGCUUACUAGCAGUAGCACUAGCACAGCACUAAGCUUGAUGGAGCAGGUGACGAAGCUAGCGGGGCAGCGGGCGGUGGUGAUCUUCGGCAUGAGCUCCUGCUGCAUGUGCCACACGGUGACGAGCCUCCUCCGCGAUCUCGGGGUGAACCCGAUGGUGGUCGAACUGGACGAGGACCCUAGGGGGAAGGAGAUGGAGAAGGCGCUGGUGCGGCUCCUCGGCCGGAACCCUGCUGUGCCGGCGGUGUUCAUCGGCGGCCGGCUCGUCGGAUGCACCGACAAGGUCAUGUCCCUUCAUCUCGGCGGCAAGCUUGUCCCACUGCUUCGUAAUGCUGGUGCUGUAUGGGUGUAGUGCGUGGGAGGGUUUUGUUGUAUAUAUUCGGCCUGAUGUAUUAGGCAUUUAGGCGCCAGAGAAUAAUGCAAUACACGUAUGUGUACGUGCUCUGUUAUCCUUCCCUGUAUCAGGUGAUGAUGGGGACUAUGGGAACCCUGCAGGUCUUUUUACUGUACACAUGGGAGUACCUGUUCCUGUCAAAGUGUUAAGCACACUAUAAUUAGUGGUGUUUUUUAAAAAGAACUAUAGUUGGUGUUGUGUUAAUUCAAACUUUGUAAUAGUUUCCUAGUUUGUGAUCUCAAGAAGAAAAGCUAGCUACGGGAUUUAUUUCA